AUGUUCUUCGGUAACUCCCUCCCAUUCAAUCCUGAGCAGGACAUCCCCUCGCUCGCCGGCAAAGUCAUUCUCGUGACCGGGGCCAACAUCGGCCUGGGUAAGCAAUGCGUCCUCGAAUACGCCCGCCACCAGCCGUCACUGAUCUGGCUAGUCGCGCGCACCCUCGACAAAGCGCAGACUGCGGCGGACGAGAUCCGCCAACAGCUUCAAGUUGAGAACAAAAACACACCCCCCAUCAAGCCCCUCGCCAUGGACCUGUCAUCACUCUCGUCCGUCACCACCGCCGCCCACACUAUUGUAGCCGAGUCCUCUCGCCUUGAUAUUCUUAUGCUGAACGCAGGCAUCAUGGCGGCCCCGCCAGGCCUAACGAGUGACGGCUACGAGCUUCAAUUCGGCACGAACUACAUCGGGCACGCUCUCUUCACAAAACUGUUACUUCCGGUCCUUAAAAAGACAGCUGCGAUCCCGGACGCUGACGUGCGCAUUAUCUCGCUCUCGUCACACGGCCACGUCUACGCCCCCAAGGAAGGUGUACUAUUCGACACCUUGCGCACCGAUGCCGAGAGCUUGGGGCCUUAUGGUCGUUACGGGCAGAGCAAGCUGGCGAUUAUUCUAUGGACGCGCCAGAUGGCGAGCAAGUACCCGCAAUUUACGCUGGCGUCGAUUCAUCCGGGCGUGGUGCGGACGAAUCUUAUGAAUAAUGCGACGGGGAGCCCGUGGGUGAUUAGGCUGUUGGGGAUGGUUGCGAAUAAGGUCGUGACGCCGGUGGAUCAGGGCGUCAAGAAUCAGCUGUGGGCGUCGGUGGCAAGAGAGGUGAAGAGUGGGGAGUACUAUGAGCCUGUUGGGAUUGGGGGGGCCGCAGACGCCAAUGGGAGAGGAAGAUGUGCUGGGGCUGAAGGUGUGGGAAUGGACGGAGAAGGAGCUGCAGGGGUAUGA